AUGCCUGCCUUGGAUCUUUCCUCAAAAAGCUUCCCCAGGGAAGAUUUUGGUGGCCCUUCCCCGGGCGGCGGUGCCCCAUGGCACCUUCGGACUGUCCUCAGUGACUCAGUGGAGAGCUCGGAUGAUGAAUUCUUUGAUGCUAGAGAGGAGGUGGCCGAAGGCAAGAACGCCAUGCUCAUUGGAAUGAGCCAGUGGAACUCGAAUGACCUGGUGGAGCAGAUGGAGAGCAUGGGGAAACUGGAUGAGCAUCAAGGGGAAGGGGCCGUGUCAUGCACAUCCAGCCUUCUGCAGGAGAAGCAGCGAGAGCUGUACCGGGUUUCCCUGAGAAGACAGAGAUUCCCAGCUCAGGGGAGCAUUGAGAUCCACGAGGAUGGUGAGGAAGGCUGCUCGCAGCGCUCCUGCAAGACACACGUCCUGUUACUGGUGCUGCAUGGGGGCAACAUGCUGGACACAGGUUCGGGAGACCCAUCCUGCAAGGCAGCCGACAUCCACACCUUCAGUUCCAUCCUGGACAAGGUCAUGCGUGCCCACUUCCCUGCUGCCCUGGGCCACAUCCUCAUCAAGUUCGUCCCCUGCCCUGCCAUCUGCUCCGAAGCUUUCACGCUCGUCUCCAACCUGAAUCCCUUCAGCCACGAUGCAGCCUGUCUCAGCACCAGCCAGGACCAUGUGCCCCUGGCCGCCCUGCCCCUGCUGGCCAUCUCCUCCCCGCAGUACCAGCAUGCAGUUGCCACGGUCAUAGAGCGAGCCAACCAGGUGUACGGCGAGUUCCUCAAGUCCUCUGAUGGGAUAGGCUUCAGCGGGCAGGUGUGUCUCAUCGGUGACUGCAUGGGCGGCCUCUUGGCCUUUGAUGCCAUCUGCUAUAGCUCGGGCCCCUCUGGGGACAGCCCUGGCAGCAGCAGCCGGAAAGGAAGCAUCAGCAGCUCCCAGGACACCCCAGUUGCACUGGAAGAAGAUUGCAGUCUGGCCAGCAGCAAGAGACUCAGCAAAAGCAACAUCGAUGUCUCCAGCGGGGUGGAGGAGGAGGAGGAGCCCAAGAGGCCGUUGCCUCGGAAACAGAGUGACUCCUCCACCUUUGACUGCGAGGCCAUCGCCCAGCACCACGCCUUCCUUUCAAGCAUCCACUCCAGUGUGCUGAAGGAUGAGACAGAGCUCCCUGUGGCCGGGGCACCCCAGCUCCCUGAGGUCAGCCUGGGCCGCUUUGAUUUCGAGGUGUCCGAUUUCUUCCUCUUUGGCUCACCCCUAGGCCUGGUCCUGGCCAUGAGGAGGACAGUGUUGCCCGGGCUGGAUGGUUUGCAGGUGCGUCCUGCCUGUAGCCAGGUCUACAGCUUCUUCCACUGUGCAGACCCCUCGGCCUCCAGGCUUGAGCCGCUGCUGGAGCCCAAGUUCCACCUGGUGCCCCCCAUCAGCGUGCCCCGCUACCAGAGGUUCCCGCUGGGUGAUGGACAGUCCCUCCUUCUAACUGAUGCCCUGCACACCCACAGCCCCCUGUUCCUGGAGGGCAGCUCCCGGGGCAGCCCCCCGCUUCUGGAUGCCCCUGCCUCACCCCCUCAGGCCCCGAAGUUCCAGCGCCCAGGACGAAGGCUGAGUGAAGGCAGCUCCCGCAGCGACAGCUCAGAGUCCUCGGAUAGCCUGGCCCCCCUGGAUGCCUCCCGCAUCACGGCCAAGUGGUGGGGCACCAAGCGGAUUGACUAUGCCCUGUUCUGCCCGGAUGUCCUCACUGCCUUCCCCACUGUGGCCCUGCCCCACCUCUUCCAUGCCAGCUACUGGGAGUCAGUGGAUGUGGUUGCCUUCAUCCUGAGACAGGUAAUGCGCUAUGAGAACGUGAGCAUCAAGGAGAGCUGUGGCCUGGACCCUGCCGCCCUGAGCCCCACAAACCCCCGGGAAAAGUGGCUGCGCAAGCGGACCCAGGUCAAGCUAAGGAAUGUCACUGCUAAUCACCGGGCCAAUGAUGUGAUUGCUGCUGAGGAUGGGCCCCAGGUUCUGGUGGGCCGGUUCAUGUAUGGGCCUCUCGACAUGGUAGCUCUGACCGGAGAGAAGGUAGACAUCCUGGUGAUGGCAGAGCCAUCCUCGGGCCGCUGGGUUCACCUGGACACAGAGCUCACCAACAACAGCGGCCGCAUCACAUACAACGUGCCACGGCCCCGGCGUCUGGGGAUUGGUGUCUACCCAGUGAAGAUGGUGGUCAGGGGCGACCAGACCUGUGCGAUGAGCUACCUCACCGUGCUACCCCGGGGCAUGGAGUGUGUCGUGUUCAGUAUUGAUGGGUCCUUUGCAGCCAGCGUGUCCAUCAUGGGAAGUGACCCCAAAGUCCGGCCAGGCGCAGUGGAUGUUGUCAGGCACUGGCAGGACCUGGGCUACAUGAUCCUUUACAUCACGGGGCGGCCGGACAUGCAGAAGCAGCGGGUGGUGUCCUGGCUGUCCCAGCACAACUUCCCCCAGGGCAUGAUCUUCUUCUCGGAUGGGCUAGUGCAUGAUCCACUGCGGCAGAAGGCCAUUUUCCUCCGCAACCUGGUGCAGGAGUGCUACAUCAAAAUCAGUGCUGCCUAUGGCUCCACAAAGGACAUCUCCGUCUACAGCGUGCUGGGCCUGCCAGCCUCCCAGAUCUUCAUUGUGGGCCGGCCCACCAAGAAGUACCAAACCCAGUGCCAGUUCCUGAGCGAAGGCUACGCCGCGCACCUGGCAGCGCUGGAGGCCGGCCACCGUUCGCGCCCCAAGAAGAACCACGCGCGCAUGGUGCUGCGCAAGGGCAGCUUCGGGCUGCACGCGCAGCCCGAGUUCCUGCGCAAGCGCAGCCACCUGCGCCGGACCCUGUCGGUGCAGCAGCCGGACCCGCCCGCCAACCCCAAGCCGGAGCGUGCGCAGAGCCAGCCCGAGUCCGACAAGGACCACGAGCGCCCGCUGCCUGCGCUCAGCUGGGCGCGGGGGCCCCCCAAGUUCGAGUCCGUGCCCUGAGCGGCCGGCGGUGGUGCUCAGAGCCAGGCUGCCUGCAGGGACGGGACACAAGACACAGACGUGUUCUGCUUUUCUCCUCCCGUGUCUGUCCAGCACUGUCCGCGAUGGGGGGUGGGGGCACUGGGAACGGGUGGGGGGGCUCCGUGCAGCCGCGCUGCCUCCCUGCCGGCCCUAGACAGGGCUGAUGUGUGCCUGAUGGAGAGAGCCGGUGGCCCCUUCCCCGGCCAGAGCGUUGGGCAGGCCCCGGGCUUGCAGCCACGCCGGCCGGGCCCCCAGCGCUGGCCCUGUGUGGAGGGGUGAGUGGCGUUGGUGACCGGCCCUCCCCAGGGUGAUGUCCUGGGUCACCGCUUUGGGGGUGAGGUCCCGGCUGUUAGGGCCCAGUGGGCGCGUUCUCUGAGAGGGAGAGGACAUCCCCUGGACUCUUCCCAGUGUCUGUGCUGUCUGCUGCAGCCCCAGGGGGGCAGGGUGUGGUGCUGUCUGUCCUCCUUGCAGGUGGCCAUUUGUCCUCCACUUCCUCCGUUUCUUUAGCAUUUUCCAGGGCCCUUGAGGAUCGGUGUUCCUUUUCUCAAAGCCUGGCUGGCCUUGUGCCCUUCCCUGUAAGCUGCAGCCUUGGGUUCUGGCCCAGUUGGGCAGGCUGUGUGCCCUUGAGCCUGUUGCAUACCCUUUCUGGGUCCUGCCUGCCUUCUGUAAGUGGAAGGGUUUCCCUUGGUUGAGGUGGAGAGUUCUUGAUUCCAGUGUCCAUGCAUUUCUGCUCCCUGAAGCUUUUCAGAGUGACACUGAUUCCCACCUUCAACCUAGCCUGGGAGAGGAUUUCUGGGUGGGUUGGGAGGUUGGAGCGCUUGACCCAGCGUCUCAAAGCCCCUACUCCCCAGACAGCCACAGCAGGUUGGCCUGGCACUGAUGCCAGAGCAGGGAUGGCAAUUGCCUCUCUCUGCCCCUGCCAAGGGUACUGGCCCAGCUUCCUGUGCCACUACUCUGCCCUGACUGAGCUUGGCCUUUUGACUCCUGGAAGGCUUAGAGCUGAGAUCCCAGGGUUGCCAGGGUGGCUUAUGGAGUGCUGGCUCAACCUGUCAGAUUCUCUCUCCUUCUUUCUGCUCAAAGGAAGCUAGGUUUGAAUCUGUAACCCCCUUCCCCCAAGUAGUUCACAGAGGAUGACAGGGCUUGGCUUUUCUAGAGGCCCUGUCUUGAUUCUGCUGAGCUCCUGGCCUGAGCAUAUUCUCCUGCUCCCAGGCCCAGGCUCAUUCCUGUUGUGGAGCUACCCAGGUUGCCUCUGAGCCCCUUUGGGCUGCCGUGAGGCCACAGGUCCAGCCCCCACAUCCCCCCUCAGCCCGCCCAGGGCCCAGACAUCUGUAUUUAUGGCAGGCACCCAUGUCAGCGCAGUGUCGCUUCUGCUCAAUGUCUACCUCUCGCAGCUCCUGUGCAGCCCACAUGCUGCUGCUGGGAGCUGCUGGCACUGUGUUGUGAAUCUUCUGGCAAACCGGGUGCCCUGCUGGGGCCAGAGGGGUCUGGGUUCCCAGCUCCCACCCUGCUUCCUUCACUAGAAAUGUCUUCUCUAGCCACCUUUGCCCAGCCUGGCUGCUCGCCCUUCUGCUCCACUUCAGCACCUCUUCCUGUAUCCACCUGUCUGCAGUGCUGGUAGACAGUGAGGUUGCACUUGUCCAAGCCCUUUUGAUAUGUCAUUGUUAUUCGCUCUAUUAGCAUAGCCACCUCAACCCUAACCCUGUCUACUGUUUCCCCAAAAGAUGAUGAUUUGAGCUUGGGGCUCAGACUUGGUCUGAUUUUAACAAUCCCUCAUUUCUCAGCAGAAGCCACUGAAGAAUUACUUUCAAAUAACAAAACGAUCAUAUAAGGCAUUUUUCCUCACCCCUCUGCCCCCCAGUUAGAUUUCCUUUUCCCUUUCUGAGAACCCCAUGCUGGGGCACUUGGGGGAAGCAAGAAUGCACAUUCUUGUAAGUCAGGAUCCCCAGAGAGUUAAGAGACCAUAGCCAGGUCUCCCUGGCCCUGGGGGCUCAGAGCUGAGCCACAGGACCCAGCAGGAGGGUCCCACCACUUCCAUGGCUAAAGCCCUGGAAUGGGAUUCGAGGACUCCCUGGUGAGAUGCUGCUGAUGUACAGGGAGACAUUGUGAACACGCCACCUUUGGAGCUGUAGUUAGUGUGUGUGAACAUGUGUGCUUGUGGCUCUGUUUCGUGACUAGACAACUCUUGUUUCAAUGCUGCCUUCCUGACAAGUCUGUAUUCCACAUGCACUUUCUGUAUUAGUGGUUUGUUUUCUUGUCUGUCCAGUUCAGUUGGAAGCAGAGAAUGAGUCCUGUUCUCAGAGAGGGUACUGCUGCCUCUUCUCCAAGUAGUUCUGUGAAGCCCAAUUCAGCUGUUUUUCUAGAGAAUCCUAGCUCCUGCUGUGCCUGCUACCCAGCAGCUGGAAAACAGAUCUUCCUGCCUGACCACAGCGUCCCAUUUACCCCGUGGCAUGUUUGUUUUCCCCCAUGUGGUGGCUGACCUGGGAGGGUGCCACUGGCCUCCUCUACCACCUGCCCUAUUGGGGUCCAGGGUAGUCUUUGCCAGGGGACCUGCUCUUCUAACAUUAUGGUCCCCUCAUCCCUCAUAAAGACCUUGAUUCCUUAAGCACUACAAAAUAUUAAAAGAAAAUAGAUUUGUGUGUGUGUGUGUGUAUGUGUGUGCAUUUGGAUAUACAACCUCCCUGUUUGGCUGCUGGGGUACAACUGUGUGAACCCAGCAUUCGUUCCUUUGAUAUCUAGGGAGGCUGGACCUUUAUGGUUUUUAAACUGUACUUUGAACACUUCGGAGCCCACUGCUGUGCCCCCGAAGCGUCCUGCAGACCAAACAUGGCGCCCAUCUUUAAGUGAAGCUGGCUCUCAUCCAGGCAGGUGGACCUGGGUCUGGGAGGUGGCGCCAGUUUUGCCCACCUGCUCAGGUGCAGGCCCCGCCCCACCCAGGAGGGGCCCCUGAGUAGCAAGGAGCCUUGCAUUGAUCCCGCCUUAAACUACCAACUUUCCAGCCUGAUCUGGGGGGAUUGGGUGCCAAGUGCUUUGGAAACUUACUGUCUUUGGCUCAGCCAAAAAUAAAUAAAUAAAAAUAAAUCCCUCCUUCAGGGAUUGGAGAAAAUUUUUCUUAAAUAUACAAAUUAAGUCCAAGCAGUGAAGCUGGGCUGGGCUCUGCUCUCCUGGCUGAAAAACCAAUCAGAGCAGUGAGGAGGGAAACUGGUUUGACUCUACCCUUUUUGGGCCAAGACAGACAGGUGACACCAAGAAGGGUCAGGCCAGAGGAGGGCAGCUUGCGCAUGGGACCCCUGUCCUUGGACCUGUUGUCCUUUCCUGUUUACUCGGUGGUGGCAGCCAUCUGACCUUGUCUGCGGUCUGACUGUCCCUGUAACUUCCAGUGUUGUCUGUCACGGGUGGUUUCUGUGGUGACAAAGAUUUAUUAUAUUCCUUAUGGCUGCCUUGCACACAAUCCGUUAGAAAAAAGAAAUGUAAAAAAAAA